UUAAGGCAACAUUUCAUAUGAUUCAGUCUUCUCACUUUUGUAGCAUAUUAAUUAACUUCUAUUUUUGCUAUUUUUAGUGGUUGCUCUUUCAAAUAACAUACCACUUCACUGGUAGUGCAGGCAAGUGAAACGAAUAAUGAAAUAUUCAUAGUUCCUCUCUCCUUUUCCUGAUAUCCUUGCUGUCAUUUAUUUCACUUUUAUGGAAACACACAUACACCCUAUCCUAUAUCAUUUUCUUCUCUCUGAAGAGCUCUUUUUUUAAACAUUUUUUUUGCAAGGUGAGUUUAUUGGCAACAAAUUUCUUUAAUGAUUCUUUGAGAAAGUCUUUAUUUCUGCUUUCCUCUUGAAGAAUAAUUUCACAGGGUACAUAAUAGGUUGAUGGUUAUUUUCUCUCAUUGCUAACUAUUUCACUCCAUUUCCUCCUUGUUUGCAGGGUUUCUGAGAUGUCAGAUGUAAUUCUUAUGUUCACUCCUGUUUAGACAAGGUAUUUUUUUCUGCUGAUUUCUUUUUAUAUUUGUUUCUUUAUCAUUGAUUUUUUGCAGCUUGAAAAUGAUAUAACUAGGUGUAGUUUUUUGAUAUUUAUUGUGCUUGGUGUUCUUGGAGCUUCCUGGACCUGUGGUUUGAUGUCUGACAUUGGUUUGGGGAAAUGUUGAGUUGUUUUUGCUUCAAGUAUUGUUUCUUUCCUCUCUGCUAUUUCUUUAUUUCUAAUGUUUAUUUUGGGGUGGGGGCUGACAUGGGGCUCAAACUCACAAACCUUGAGAUCAUGACCUGAGCCCAAGUUGGACGUCUAAUCAACUGAGCCACCAGGCACCCCUCCUCUCUGCUGUUUCAAUUAUGUCUACGUUUGACUUUUUGUAGUUUCCUACAGUUCUUGGAUGAUCUGUUGCAGGUUUUUGUUUUUUUUUUUUUUCUUCCAGUCAUCUUUUUUUUUUCUCUUGCUUUUCAGUUUUGGAAGUUCUUCUUGACAUAUGUGCAAGUCCAGAGAUUCAUUCUUCAGCCAUGUCCAAGUCUGCUGAUGAGUCCCAUCACAGGCAUUCAUUUCUAUUAGACUGUUUUUGGUCUCUAGCAUUUCUUUUUGAUUCUUUCUUAGAAUUUCCUUUUUUUUUUUUUUUUUUGCUUUUUUUCCAUUUCUUUGCUUACAAUAUGUUCUUGCAUAUUGUCUCCUUUUUCCUUUAGAGCUCUUAGCAUAUUAAUCAGAGCUUUUAAAAUUCCUUUUCUGAUAAUUCCAACAUUUCCUGUCAUGUGUGAAUCUGGUUCUAAUAUUUACUCUUCAAACUGUGAUUUUUGUUUUAUACGGUGGCUUGCUGAAAGCUAGACCAGUUGUAAUGGUAAGAUGUUAGGUAAGAAGAAGUGUUCUGUAGUCUGGUGGGUAGGUAGUCUUUUAAAAUGAGCCUUUGCCCCUGAGGUGUGAAUUUCUCCCAUGCUCAGCUUUUUCUUCCCUCUUAGGUGAGAAAGGAUUGCCAGAUGGGCUGCAAUUGGGUAAUCCCCUUACAAACAUGAAGGCUGGAGCAGACUGGAGUUGGGAAUUUCCUUUACCCUAGAGAAAGCAACCAGUGAGAUGAAUACUGCUGAGGAUUGGGGCCUCAUUUUGGAUAUUUGUGACAAAGUCGGUCAGUCUCGCACUGGACCUAAAGAUUGUCUUCGGUCUAUUAUGAGAAGGGUGAACCAUAAAGAUCCUCAUGUUGCUAUGCAGGCUCUGACUCUUCUAGGAGCGUGUGUAUCAAACUGUGGCAAAAUUUUUCAUUUAGAAGUAUGUUCAAGAGAUUUUGCCAGUGAAGUAAGCAACGUAUUAAACAAGGGUCAUCCUAAAGUCUGUGAAAAAUUAAAGGCUCUUAUGGUCGAAUGGACAGAUGAAUUUAAGAAUGAUCCACAGCUUAGUCUAAUAUCAGCAAUGAUUAAGAACCUUAAGGAGCAAGGAGUUACAUUUCCAGCUAUUGGCUCUCAGGCUGCAGAACAAGCAAAAGCAAGCCCAGCCCUGGUUGCCAAAGACCCUGGUACUGUGGCUAACAAAAAAGAAGAAGAAGAUUUAGCAAAAGCUAUUGAGUUGUCCUUGAAGGAGCAAAGGCAGCAGUCAACCACACUUUCUACUUUGUACCCAAGCACAUCCAAUCUCUUAACUAACCACCAACAUGAAGGCCGAAAAGUUCGUGCUAUAUAUGACUUUGAAGCUGCUGAAGAUAAUGAGCUUACUUUUAAAGCCGGAGAAAUUAUUACAGUUCUUGAUGACAGUGAUCCCAACUGGUGGAAAGGUGAAACCCAUCAAGGCAUGGGGUUAUUUCCCUCUAAUUUUGUGACUGCUGAUCUUACUGCUGAACCAGAAAUGAUUAAAACGGAGAAGAAGACGGUACAAUUUAGUGAUGAUGUUCAGGUAGAAACAAUAGAGCCAGAACCGGAACAAGCCUUUAUUGAUGAAGACAAAAUGGACCAGUUGCUACAGAUGUUGCAGAGUACAGAUCCCAGUGAUGACCAACCAGAUCUUCCAGAGUUACUUCAUCUUGAAGCAAUGUGUCACCAGAUGGGACCUCUCAUUGAUGAAAAGCUGGAAGAUAUUGAUAGAAAGCAUUCAGAACUCUCAGAACUUAAUGUUAAAGUGAUGGAAGCACUUUCAUUGUAUACCAAGUUAAUGAAUGAAGAUCCAAUGUAUUCCAUGUAUGCAAAAUUACAGAAUCAGCAGUAUUAUAUGCAGUCAUCUGGUGUUUCUGGUUCUCAGGUGUACCCAGGGCCGCCUCAGAGUGGUGCUUACCUGGUUGCAGGGAGCGCACAGAUGAGCCAUCUCAGGAGCUACAGUCUUCCCCCAGAGCAGCUGUCUUCUCUCAGCCAAGGAGCUGUUCCGCCAUCUGUAAACCCAGCCCUUCCCAGUCAGCAGACUCAGGCUUCUUACCCUAACACAAUGGUCAGUUCUGUUCAAGGAAAUACAUACCCCACCCAGGCUUCAGUAUAUAGUCCUCCUCCUGCCGCUGCUGCUGCUACUGCCGAUGUCACUAUAUACCAGAAUGCAGGAACUAAUAUGUCCCAGGUGCCAAACUAUAAUUUAACAUCAUCAUCGUUGCCUCAACCCGGAGGCAGUCAACAGCCACCUCAGCCACAGCAACCAUAUUCUCAGAAGGCUCUGCUAUAGGACUUGGGAUUCCUCUUUGUGGCAAAUACCUGCUAAAAGCCGCUGACAAUGUUAUGAGAUUCUUUAAUAUCUUAAGGUUUGUUUAUCCUCAGCUUAUAGGAAUCUAUCUUGGUCUACAAGUUCCAAUAUUCAAGAAGGUAGAACUCUCUUCAAUUUGCACUGACUUUUUAGAGGUUCUCCCUUCCCCCGCCCCCUAGAGGAAUGAAACUACUUACAACAUUUAAUUCCUUUCAUAAUAUGAAAGAAUUGAUACAAGAUUAUUUGUCUCAUGAAAUUACCUGGUCUGCAAAAAGUCAAACUUAAAAACACUGUUGUGGCAAACGUUAUGUACAUAUACUGCUGUGUGACUUCAUUAGUGGCCAUUUUGAAUCACAAUGGUGAUCAUGUGAAUAUAUUUAACACUGUUAAAUUAAUUUACAUUGCUAUUUUAUUUUAAUCAUGAACAACUACCAUGUUUCAUAAUGUUUUGUGUAAAUUUAAGGUAAUUACACUAUCCCUUUAAACUGCAAGAGAACAAAGCUGUAGCAUAUUUACGUGAAGGCAUUAUGCUGUCCAUGUUCCAGUUUCACAUUAAACUGAACCUUCCUUUGACUACUUGUGAGCUAAACAUACGUAUUUUACGUCUUUCUGUAGCCUCUGUGUACUACUAGCUGUCAUCACACCAGCGUACAGGAGCUAAAUUUUUGGUGCAAUUAUAGCAAAUGAUGUUCCCUUUUACACUUUGACAUUUCGGCAUGACAUUUCAGGAUAUUGUGGGACCAUGAGACAAAAUUAAGUAGGAUCACAUUCUUUAUAUCUUAUUUUUAAAGGAAUAAUGUUGGUUUACUUUUUCCUAGUUGAAGAUAGAAAUUAGAUUUCUGAGCUGUAUACUGUGUUUCUUGGUGGCAGUGACACCAAAGAUAGAGGCAAUGGAUAGAAAUUUUUAAACUGGAAAGAAAACAUGAAUUACACUACAUUUUCAAAGUCUCUUGUAAUUAUUUAGGAUAUAAACAAAAUUUGACUCAUCUGUCUUUUCCCACUAGUAGUCUUUUAAAUAUGUCUUUAACACAUUGUAUCCUUUAAUUGUUCAUUAAAAUGGAUAUAAGUAGA